AUGGUGAAAUCUGGAUACAGAGUGGAUCAAGGACUCAGUUCAGAUUUAGUAUCACAUGAAAAUGUACCUGAGAGUCUUUUUGCAGAGGAGAAGGGCAGGAGGCUGAUAGAGGCAGCUAAGCAGGAGACAGUGGAAGAGCUGGAGGACCUACUCGCCAUUGGUACAGACGUGGGGAUGGGGGACAAUAUCAGGAGCACUGCCCUGCACUGGGCAGCAAACAGGGGACACACAAAGGCAGUGAAGAGUCUGGUGGAGGCUGGUGCAGUGGUGGACACCAGGAACUACUGGCAGAAGACGCCUCUCCGCUACGCUGCACAGAAUGGCCACACAGCUGUGGUGGAGGUGCUGGUGGCGUCCUCUGCCGACCCCAACGUCAGGGAUGAUGACGGGUGGACACCACUGCACAAUGCGGCAUACUACGGCCACGCAGAGGUGGCGACAACACUGCUAGAGGCAGGAGCUAACAGGAGGGCCACAGAUGACUGGGGUAGAACCCCGCAGUACGACCACCACCAGCUGACAGGUGUGCUAAGAUGA